AUGGAGGAGGAGAAGAAGAAGAGGUUAGCAUUUCCUGUUGUGUUAAUGAUGCUACUGAUGUUUUCCUUGAUGAUUUCACCGGCACUGGCCAGUUGCUCGUCGGGCGGCCAUGGAAGUAAGGGAUCAGGUGGAACCAAGAAGCCACCGGGUGGCAGUGGAUGUAAAGACUGUGUUCUUGAUCAGAUGAAGUAUAGCUGUCCAAAUUGUGUGCCAAUUCUGCACUGCGUGGCACGGUGCUUGUGGGGUGGCAGCUUGAUUCCCAAGUGUACUAAAAGGUGUGAUUGCGACGGUGGGAAGCCAACUCUUUCUGAUUGCAAGAAAUGCAUGUCUCGAUGCAAAUGCAGCUGUGUGGCAACGGCAUAG